AUGGAGCGGGGCAAGGAGCUCGCCCUGGCACCGCUGCAGGACUGGGGCGAGGAGACCGAGGAUGGAGCGGUGUACAGUGUCUCCCUGCGGCGGCAGUGCAGCCAGCGCUCGAGGCCAGGGGAGGGGCCCGGGGACAGCCAGACCCCCACCCCUCCUGCCGACACCUUUCUCCACUACCGCACCAGCAAGGUGCGGGCGCUGAGGGCUGCAAGGCUGGAGCGGCUGGUGCGUGAGUUGGUGUCGGGGGACCACGACCAGGAUCCAGGCUUUGUACCUGCUUUCCUGGCCACCCACCGGGCCUUUGUGCCCACCACCCGCGUACUGGGCUUUUUGCUGCCCCCACCGCCACCGCCGCCCGCACCAUCCAGGGCAGAGAGCAAGUCAGAAAGACAAGAUGUGCGGUUCGACAAGAAUGUGAGGGCUGUGGUGUCUGUGCUGGGCACUUGGCUACGGGACCACCCUGAAGAUUUCCGCGAUCCCCCUGCCCACCCAGACCUGGACAGUGUCCGAAUCUUUCUGGGUUGGGCAGCCCCAGGAGGGGCUGAGGCCCAGGAAGCAGAGAAGCUUCUGGAAGGUUUCUUGGCAGCGUCUGGGGGGAACCAGGAAGAAGAGGAGCAGCCUGUGGCUUGCACAGGACCUCCCAGGGCUGCCCAGACCCCCACACCAGACUCCCCAGACGACUGUGCUGAAGAGGAGGAAGGGCUCAGGUGGCAAGUUCCGGAGCUCCUGGACUUCAGUGUGGACGAGGUGGCGGAGCAGCUGACCCUUAUGGACGUGGAGCUCUUUUCUCGUGUGAGGCCUUGUGAGUGCCUGGGCUCGGUGUGGUCCCAGCGGGACCGGCCUGGAGCCACAGGUGUCGCCCCCACCGUACGUGCCACCGUGGCCCAGUUCAACACGGUGACUGGCUGUGUGCUGGGGUCAGUGCUCGGGGCGCCUGGCCUGCCAGCCCCGCAGAGGGCGCAGCGGAUUGAGAAGUGGAUUCGCAUCGCACAGCGCUGCCGGGAGCUGCGGAAUUUCUCCUCCUUGCGAGCCAUUCUGUCCGCCCUGCAGUCUAACCCCAUCUACAGGCUCAAGCGCAGCUGGGGGGCCGUGAGCCGGGAACCAUUAUCCACUUUCAGAAAACUUUCGCAAAUUUUUUCUGAUGAGAACAACCACCUCAGUAGCAGAGAGAUUCUUUCCCAGGUGGAAGCCACUGAAGGACCCCAAGAGGAGGACAGCCCUCCAGGAAGCCUACCUUCAAAACUGCCCCCAGGCCCUGUCCCCUACCUUGGCACCUUUCUCACGGACUUGGUUAUGCUGGACACAGCCCUGCCGGACAUGUUGAAGGGGGAUCUCAUCAACUUUGAGAAGAGGAGGAAGGAGUGGGAGAUCCUGGCCAGAAUCCAGCAGCUACAGAGACGCUGUCGGAGCUACAGUCUGAGCCCCCGCCCACCAGUCCUGGCUGCCAUGCAUGCCCAGAGCCAGCUCAGUGAGGAGCAGAGCUACCGAGUCUCCCGUGUCAUUGAGCCACCGGCUGCCUCCUGUCCCAGUUCCCCAGGAAUCCGGCGGCGCAUCAGCCUCAAGAAGCGCCUCAGUGCGAAGCUAUCUCGAGAGAAAAGCUCAUCCCCUAGUGGAAGUCCUGGAGACCCCUCCUCACCCACCACCAGUCUGUCCCCAGGGUCCCCCCCAUCCAGUCCUAGAACCAAGGAGCCUCCUUCUGGCAGUCCUCCAGCCUCUCCAGGGCCCCAGGGCCCCAGCACCAAGAUGCCCCUGAGUCCGGACCUGCCAGGCUCCCGGCCCCCAACCUUGACCCUUACCAGUCCAAGAAUUCCCCAGCUGGGACAGCAGAGCUCAGAGACCCGAGUCAUCCGAGUCAGCAUUGACAAUGACCACGGGAACCUAUAUCGGAGCAUCUUGCUGACUAGUCAAGACAAAGCCCCCAGCGUGGUCCAACGAGCUCUGGACAAACACAAUGUGCCCCAGCCCUGGGCACGUGACUACCAGCUCUUCCAAGUCCUUCCUGGGGACAGGGAACUCCUGAUUCCUGACAACGCCAAUGUCUUCUAUGCAAUGAGUCCAGAAGUCCCUGGAGACUUUAUGCUGCGACGGAAAGCCCAGCCCGUGCCCUCUGUCUCCCUCACCUGAGAUGACUCUCUUCUCAGCCCCAUGGAGGAGAGGGCCCUGUCCUGAAA